UAAAGUUUGCAUAAAUAUUUUGUCCUGUUUUGAACAUUUUUAUUUUUAAAGUUUUAGUCUACACUUUCGAGUGCAAAUUCAAAUCAUCAGAGUAUCAUCUUCAGAUGCAAUUAGACAAAAUUUCACUAUUAUAAAAAUCCAACAAUUAUGUCAAAAUUUUCGACAACCUCCAAUCGGCAAUUAAGUACACGCAACUCCGACAUCGACGCUUUGGCUCAGCGCGGAUAUAACAUUGGACAUAAAAUUGGUGAGGGCUCGUAUGCCACAGUUAUAACGGCUGGUUAUGCGGACGAUGCCGGCCACGGUGUACAUUUAGCCUGCAAAAUUAUUGAUAAAGCUAAAGCGCCUUCAGAUUUUGUCCAUAAAUUCUUUCCGCGUGAAUUAGAAAUUUUAACAAAAAUCGAUCAUCCGAACAUCAUUCAAAUUCAUAGUAUUUUGCAACGUGGUCCCAAGAUAUUUAUAUUCAUGCGCUAUGCGGAAAAUGGCGAUUUGCUGAGCCAUAUUAAAAAGUCUGGUCCGGUGGAGGAGCUGCAAGCAAAAGCCUGGUUUAUGCAGAUGGCCAAGGCGCUUAAAUAUUUACAUUCGCAUGAAAUAGCGCAUCGUGAUCUCAAGUGUGAAAAUAUUUUGUUAUCGAAACGACUUAACAUAAAAUUAGCUGACUUUGGUUUCGCACGCUACUGUUGCGAUGAAAAUGGCCGUGAAAUUAAAUCGGAAACCUAUUGUGGUUCGGCUGCAUAUGCGGCGCCCGAAGUGGUAUGCGGUCGACCAUACGAUCCUAAACUGGCCGAUGCCUGGUCGUUAGGUGUCAUACUAUUUAUUAUGUUGAAUGCAAAAAUGCCUUUCGAUGACAGCAAUUUAAGUAAAUUACUUGAGGAUCAACGAAAUAAGAAAUUUGCCUUUCGGCGAAAAUUGCAAGACCAAAUAUCGGCUCAAGCAAAGGCUACAGUUGCCGUAUUGCUCGAGCCGGAACCACAUGCUCGUUGGAAUUUACGCGAAAUUCUUAACUGUAGUUGGCUGCGUGCUGAUGAGGAGGAGCCGAUGGCAUAGUUUGCGUUGAGUAAGCGUCCGUCUAUUUUGUGUUCAGUGCGGACGUUCCGAAUUUUGUACAAAUCAAUUAUCAAUUAUCUUCAAAAGCUUACUGAACCAAACCAAAUAUUUUGAUUUGAACGCAUAAAGAAGUUGGUC